AUGCGCAAAUUAGUGAUUCCAAAGUACUACGGACGUCCAUCGAUCGGAUUAGCCCUUUUCGGCUGCACAAAUCGACCGUUCUACCACGUUUGCGUCUUCCCGGACCGCGCAUUGGGUCGCCGUUACGAGAGUAACAUUCUCGAGCAGGUGAGGCUCCGAAAACGGAGAAACGCGUCGAUGUAGACAUAUAAAAUAUAGUACGAAUCGUAAAAACGCGAAAAAAGUUCAUAACACUUGAGAAAAAUGGAGAUCAGUGCCAAAAGGCUUGUAUUUUCGUAUUUUUGCAGGUGGGCACAUUUGACCCGCUUCCAAAUCAGAAGAACGAAAAGUUGGUGGCUCUCAACUUUGGCCGCCUCAAAUACUGGAUCGGCGAACGAAACGCGCACAUUUCGGUGCCAGUUCUUGAACUUCUCGGUUAGUUUUCAAUGAUAUCGCUCCACAAUUCUCUAAAUUAUAGGUCUCUCCGGUCUGUUCCCGAUCCAUCCGAAGUCGUUCAUCCGAGCCAAAGACAACAGAGCUCUGAUAGCCGAUCAGCAGCUGAAAGCAGUUGCGGUGGCUGCGGAAGCCGAAAAGGCAGUCGAGGAACAGGUUGGAAACGAACUUAUUUUCUGCGAAAAUCUGUGAAAAUCCAGUAUCUCGGGUGCAAAAUUCGCUUGUACAACACACAAACAGAUCGUUUUCACUUUUUCACUCCGAAAAGUCAACAUAUUAGGUUCGGAUUCCAGUGUUUGCCGACGGAUAUUCACUUUUCACUUUCCGUCUCGCCGUUUUUCUCGGCAAUUGUUAAAAUCUCUAAUUUUUCUUCAAAUUUCAGGCGUCGAGCAGUGCGCAGCCGUCCUCUUCCGCACAGUAA